AGAGAGGUGGAAUGCUGUAAAACACAUAAUUUUAGGUGACUGGCCUAACAGAACAAUACUUACAGAAAAAUAGGUCAGCAAGUCCGCCGGAGGAGCAUCAGCAGGAAUAUAUGCAAAAGAUCUGCCGUUAUCAAGACUUCUAUGGCCAAUGAACAAUCCUUGACGGAUAAGCGGCGUUGAAUGUCUAGUAGAUGCUUAUCCACUGUCCUGCUGAUAUCAGUCACACCUAUGUUCUGCAGGUUGUCUUUUACUGAAACAUCACGAAAAGAUAUCCACAUUUUGGUAAGGGAUCUUAUAAUUUCAUAACGUGAUAGGUGACCACGACAAAGCCAUGUCGAAAGACGAAGAAGCUGGAUGUAAAUUGAACUCUACAUUUAAACAUAAAGAACGGAAGCCCAAAAAACCUCAUUAUAUCCCGAGACCGUGGGGGAAGCCAUAUAACUACAAAUGUUUUCAGUGCCCCUUCACUUGUAUGGAAAAAUCACACUUGUACAAUCACAUGAAAUACAGCCUGUGCAAGAACUCCCUGUCACUUCUUAUUGAGUCCGAUUGGCCCUACAAAAAGAACGGUUUUCUUGUCCCAGAAAUGAACCUACAUGAAACACAUUCAGAAGGAAAUGCAGACAAGCAAGAGGCUUGUGACUCCACUGGAGUAUCAACCAAGGCUAGACCGGCUGGUGAGAAGAUGCCUUCUGAAAUUCAGAGAUUCCUAGAAGAGGAUGAUGAAAGACCAGAAGCAGAAGAGGAAGUAGUGGGCCAGAGUCUGAAAGAGAAAAGCAAGAACACUCCAUCUUCACAUACAACUGUGAGCAAAAAUGAGACUGGAUUAAAAGGCAAAAGAGAGACAGUGAGCAAAGAUGGAGAACCAGAGUUUAUCAUCACUGAUGUGUUCUCCUUAGAGGGACACUGUGAGAAGGAGCGAGAGGAACAGAGAUUUGUCAAGGCAACUCGGAAAACCUCAAGCAAUCUUGGAGGAUCUCGGGGGGAUCAGUGGAAGUUAUUGAACAGUACACUUAAGAAAGCUGGAGCAGACACGCCAGUUGCAUGCAAUGGAACCAACAUCAUUCCUUGUUACCCACCACCAACCUAUUCAGACUACCAAGAACAUCAGGGUCUUUCACUUUUGGGUCUUAAUUAUCCACUAAACACCAACCUGUUCUCAUAUCUGAAUCCCACCAUGACAAGUGGUACAGCCCAGCUUCCUUUUCUAGCUUCCACAGCUCAGCUUAUGCAUACUCCACAUUCCACUCACUACCAGGCUUUACAAAACACAGAAAGAACAUCAUUCCUACCUCGGUUCUACUAUCCCUUAUUGUUUGAACAUGCAUUUAACACUGAUCCCAAACCAACCACAGGCAAACCAACGAACCAAGGUCAACCAAACACAUUUAUUGGUACUCCAAAACCAAAGACACUUGGAGAGCCUCUAAAGACCAGCUCACUCAAGUCAGAAGAAGGCAAAACCAAUAUUUCUUGGGUACCUAGAGACAAGUUGCAAAAUCAAACAUUAGCUCAUAAUAAACCAGAAGGAGAAGGAAAAUGGCUUCCUCAGACAGUAAGAGACAUCAUUCAACAUCAGAAGGAAAUUCUAGGAGCUUAUGGGGUUCAAGCCUCCAGAAAGAAUGAGUUCUCUACACAAAAUGGUAAUGGUGAGGUGUCUCUCUGGGAAAAAACAAGUCCUUCAAGAUGUGUGAAGAGGAAGUCUUGGUUGGACAGAGAUGGACCCAAUGUAGUGAGUGAACAGACGUCAUCUUCAAUGGAAGGCGAACAAAAUUCCCAUAACAGCACACGUUCUCCCAUAACAUCUCCUGAUCUCUGGAGUGAGAAGAGUCCCAUUUUAGAUGUGACUACCUGCAAGAGAAGAAGACAAUCUGAGCCUUGCAGUGAAAAGUCAGAGCCGAUGGUUGUCAAUGCAUCUCUGCUCAUUGGGGACCUCUCAAGAACCCUGGAGGAAUAUGGAAAAGUGGAGAAGAAGUUGGCAAACCUAUCAUCUGAAGACAGUGGUCGACAGAAGACUCUGGGAGAACAGCUUGGUAAGAUACGACUGGAGCUCCUUCAUAUCCACCAGGCUUUAGAGAAAGCUUCAUGCUCAACUGAUGGACCAUUAGACUUGUCUAUAAAGAGGACAGAAGAUAUGGAUAAAGAAGAUCCAGAAAAGAUUCCACUGAGAGAAGAUCCACAAACAUCUUCAGCCCUUGAAUGCCCACCCAAACAGAUGGUGAAAGUAGAACUGUUGCCACCAGAGUUGGCGACUUGUUAUGCCCGUCCCACCAAGUGUGAAGCAGACUCGAGCGUGCUACUCUGCCCAGAUGGAAGAAUGGGGAGCACUGGGCUUGCCCAGACACACAUAGCUCUUCAAGAGGAGGGGGGAGGUGUUGGAUUCGGAAGAAACCGGCUGCAAAUGGAGAACAUUUGAGGUCAACUACAGUGAUCUUCAUACACUUAACCUGUGAAGCUUUCCACCUAUAGACAUUACAUGUGGCAGUUCAGCAGAGCCGCACUACUAGGUCCACAUGAGUAAAACAUUCAGCCACCUCACUGUGACAGAUUUCUAGAACACUGUGUCAUGUUGCCCGGCAAACGUUCUGGAGACUAUUCCUUUUUCCCCCCGGGAGAGACUGUUUCCUAAUGAUAGCACCAACUUUUACAGUCUAGAGUGCACAUAUACCAGUGGUGGCCCCUAUUGGCCUAAUGAGAUAGAGGCCCAAGCUCAGGUUAGCAACACCCCCCUACUCUAUAAGAAAAUAACUUAUGCAAGAAUUUCCUACUUUUCCCAUUGUUAUGCUGCCAUUCAUCACAAGUGAUGGGAAGCGGGGGACAAACAAACCCUCGGUUCUUCUAGGAGGUGUGGUGGCAUAACCCAGCAUCAGGAGACAACCCUACUUUUUGUCUUAGAUGCUUCCUCUUCCCAAUAUACAACCCUGUUUAGAGAUCUUUCCAACCUUCUUGAGGCCUCCUCAGACUUAAAUUCCUCAAGAGCAGACAUGUCCUCUCCGCACAUCUCUCAAGGACACCUAGGUCCAUGAAACGCAGAGAUCCUCCAAUGCAUUGCCAUUACUGUUAUAUUACUGAGCCACACGUGUAAAAAGAUAUUUAUAAUAUGUUGCUCACAACUACAAAAGUACUUUGCUCAUACUGAUAUUUAAUAUUUGUUAGUGAUCUGAUCUAUUAAAGCAGUGAC